UUUGUCGUCAGUCCUAAAAUGCUUACCAUAGUGGAAUAUUAUAUUAUAGUUUUUUCAUUGGCAAUACUGGGUUACUUUGUGCACAAAAUGUAUUCACUAUGGAAAAGAAACCAGAGACAAGUCGACUACACCCUGCUGGGAAACCCUUUGAGAAUGAAGACAUGGGUGAAAUGGCUACUUGGAGUGUUGGUGGGGGUAGUUGUGGUCGUUGUCAUUGCUGUUCCUGUUGCCCUGUUGGCCUUUAAAGACGACAAGGAUGAUGCUGAUAGUGACACCCGGAGAACAUACACGUUGGAAGACUAUUUUGGUGAUGGUCUCCGAUAUAGAUCAUUUAGUGCACAGUGGGUUUCAGAAAAUGAGUAUGUAUAUCGAAAAGAAAACAACUUGCUUCUAUUCAAUGUCGACUCUAAAGCAACAACAGAAAUUCUAUCAAACACCACAAUAGAAAGCACCAAUGCAUCAUUCUACUUACUGUCUCCAGAUAGGAAAUAUGCUUUACUUCAGGACAAUUAUGUAAAGAUAUGGAGACAUUCAUAUGAAGCUUCAUACUAUAUUUUUGAUAUUGAGAAAAGAGCACUUGUAACAAAUAAUGAACUUCCUCACAACAUUCAGUACAUAACCUGGUCUCCAGUUGGCCAUAAACUGGCAUAUGUUUGGAAGAAUAAUAUUUACAUUAAAGAAACACCGGAGGGUCCAAUCAUACCUAUAACUACUGAUGGAGAGUACAACAAAAUUUUGAAUGGAAUACCAGACUGGGUUUAUGAAGAGGAAAUGUUUUCCACAAAUUUUGCUCUUUGGUGGUCCCCGAAUGCCAAGUAUUUGUCCUAUGUUCAGUUUAAUGACAGUGAGGUACCAGUAAUGGAAUACUCAUUUUAUGGUGCGGAAUCUGAACAGUACCCACAGACCAUUCAUAUUCCGUAUCCUAAGGCAGGAGCUAAAAAUCCCACCGUAAGACUGUUUGUGGUGCAUGCAGAGUCUCUGCAAAACAUAAGUCAAAAGGAGAUCCUUGCACCGGCGGAAAUGAGACCUAGUGAUCACUAUAUAAGUACAUUGACAUGGGUGACAGACCAAAAAGUGGCAAUUCAAUGGCUGCGGAGAAUCCAGAACGUGUCCAUACUUACUGUAUGUAAUGUGGCAGAAGCGACACAGAUUUGGAGCUGUCCACUGGAGAAACGUGAAGAGAGUACUACUGGGUGGGUUGGAAAUUUUGGACCUUCUGAACCGGUCUUUUCAUCUGACCACAGUACUUAUUAUAAGAUUAUCAGCAACGCAGAGGGCUUCAAGCAUAUUCACUUCUUUAAUGGAGACGCGGCUCCAAUUCCUAUAACCAGUGGAAGUUUUGAAGUAACUGGUAUAUCUUCGCUCACCAGUGAAUUUCUCUAUUAUAUAAGUAAUGAAGGAUUCCCGUCAAGAAGACAACUUUACAAGAUAAAAGUGGGUGGUGGAACAAGUAACCCUGAAUGUAUCACCUGCCAGUUACGCUCAGAAAGAUGCCAAAGAUAUGCUGCAUUCUUCAGCCAAAAUGCAAAGUAUUAUUUAUUAACCUGCAGUGGGCCAGGAUUACCAAUGUAUACCUUGCACAACACAAGUAACUAUAACGAAUUGAAUGUUCUGGAAGAUAACGAAGCUUUGAAGAUUUUAUUAGAUGAUAUUCAGAUGCCAACAAAACAGAACAAAACCAUUAAUUUGCAUGGAUUUGAGUUGUGGUAUCAGAUGAUCCUACCCCCGCAUUUUGAUGAAAAAAAGAAAUACGCUUUGCUGAUUGAUGUAUACGCUGGCCCUUGCAGUCAAAAAGUUGACCAGUACUUUCGCCUGAAUUGGGCCACAUAUCUUGCUAGCACUGAGAAGGUUAUUGUGGCGAGUUUUGAUGGUCGAGGGAGUGGAUACCAAGGCGAUAAGAUCAUGCACCAACUAAAUCACCGGCUUGGAACAGUAGAAAUAGAAGAUCAAAUAGCAGCAGUCAAACAUUUUACAGACCUAGGUUUUGUUGAUGAAAAAAGAAUUGCUAUUUGGGGAUGGUCCUAUGGAGGAUAUGUAAGUUCGAUGGUUCUUGGCUAUGGAAGUGGGCUGUUUAAAUGUGGCAUUGCUGUUGCCCCUGUAUCAAGUUGGGAAUAUUAUGAUUCUAUUUACACAGAGAGAUAUAUGGGUCUUCCUACACCAGAAGAUAACCUUGACAACUAUCUGAACUCAACAGUCAUGUCUAGAGCAAAGAACUUUAAGGAUGUUGAAUACCUUCUUAUACAUGGCACAGCAGAUGAUAAUGUCCAUUUUCAGCAGGCUGCUCAGAUUUCAAAGGCUCUUGUUGAUAAUCAGGUGGAUUUUGAAACAAUGUGGUACACAGACAAAGAUCAUGCAAUAUCAGGACUUGCAAACAGACAUAUAUACAUCCACAUGAGCCAUUUUCUAAAGCAGUGCUUUAAUCUACAGUAGUUCAAUCACUCCUGCCACCUAGUUCUUCUGUUUACCAAAGACAGACAAUUUUCUGUGAUUUAUCCAUGUCCUGUGAGGAUUAUAAUCCAAUAUAUGUAAGCAACCAAAAGAAAUAAUGAUACCAAAGAUCGAUGAAGCAAGGUGGACCACAAAGAAACAUCGGAACGGCUGACACAGGGCCAUGGCUCGUGCAAACUGGUACUUGAUGAAUAGGGAACACAUUUGUGCCUGCUGA